UGCAGCCAUCUUUUUAUAAAAAAGGAUCUCUAACGCACAUCAUAUCCACGCAUGGCAUCUCUCAAUGAAAGUAGACAGUCUGCUGGGACAUCCUCAGCCCUGCAGAAACUGGAGGGGUUUGCAAACAGAUUGUUUAAUCGCAAUGGGAAGAAUACCUCGCAGGAUCAGAGGCAAAUCUUGGAAAAUGAAGGGCAUUUUGUUUCUGAAAAUACCAUAUUAUGGGACACAGCAAUGAAAGAAUUUCUAGCCAAAGCCAAAGAAGACUUUUUAAGAAAAUGGGAAAGCCCGCCCCAGAAUACUGCAAGCCUAGAAGACUUCGAGAGGAUAAAAACCCUUGGAACAGGCUCAUUUGGUAGAGUAAUGUUGGUGAAACAUAAAGGCGCAGAACAGUAUUAUGCAAUGAAGAUACUGGAUAAACAAAAGGUUGUCAAAUUGAAGCAAAUAGAACACACGUUAAAUGAAAAAAGGAUAUUGCAAGCAGUAAACUUCCCCUUCCUUGUCAGAUUGGAGUAUUCCUUUAAGGAUAAUUCUAAUUUAUACAUGGUUAUGGAAUAUGUCCCUGGAGGAGAAAUGUUUUCACAUUUAAGAAGAAUUGGCAGGUUUAGUGAGCCACACGCACGAUUUUAUGCAGCUCAGAUAGUGCUAACAUUUGAAUACCUCCAUUCACUAGACCUCAUAUACAGAGAUCUUAAACCAGAAAAUCUUUUAAUUGAUCAACAAGGAUAUAUUCAGGUAACAGACUUUGGGUUUGCCAAAAGAGUAAAGGGCAGAACAUGGACAUUAUGUGGAACACCAGAAUAUUUGGCUCCUGAAAUAAUUUUGAGCAAGGGCUAUAACAAAGCAGUUGACUGGUGGGCUUUAGGUGUUUUAAUCUAUGAAAUGGCUGCUGGUUAUCCUCCAUUUUUUGCAGAUCAGCCAAUUCAAAUAUAUGAAAAGAUUGUUUCUGGAAAGGUACGGUUUCCAUCACACUUCAGUUCAGAUCUUAAAGACCUGUUAAGGAACUUGCUCCAGGUAGAUUUGACCAAAAGAUACGGGAAUCUGAAAAAUGGUGUAAAUGACAUCAAAAACCACAAGUGGUUUGCCACCACAGAUUGGAUCGCAAUUUAUCAGAGAAAGGUGGAAGCUCCCUUCAUACCAAAGUGCAGAGGGCCAGGAGAUACCAGCAACUUUGAUGAUUAUGAAGAAGAAGAUAUCCGUGUGUCUCUGACUGAGAAAUGUGCAAAAGAAUUUGCUGACUUUUAAGAUGUAUGUAAGGACAAGAUGACAUCAGGGCUCACAUUAGGAUCUUUGCACUCUGUUAACAGAUGGGGUGGAGCUGAGACCAUCACAUGUCAAACCAGUUACCUAGUUCCUUCAUUCCGCAAGGCUGACUGAGGUCUAUAUUGCCAUCUUCCAUGUGUGCAGUUUGCACCAACCCUUUUAACUAGGCACAAUUAAGCAAGCUACUUGUGCCCUAAAAACAGAAUACUAGACCACUUUCCUUCUUAUCUUUUGUUUUGUCUUUUCUGUUACAUUUCUGUCUCGUAAUUUUCCCCCAUGUCCUCACCGUUUUUGUUUUUUAAGUAGUAUUUUACCCAACUACACUCCCUUUUAUUUUGAAAAUGUAUUAUUUGUGUGAGUGAUCCGGGAGAUGUUGCAGUGUAAUUUAGAUUGAAAGAUGAGUCUUGCUUCUAGUCUGUGCCACCGUUUUUUUCUUUUUUGUUUUUAUUCGUUUUGAUUUGUGUGUCGAUCCUUGUUUGAGGGUACAGGUUACUGUUUUUCAGUUCAUAAUUCAAAUUAAAAUUAGCCAAUUUUUUUUUGGCCCUUUUUUUUUGGGUGAAAUUCAGAUAAUGGCCAUAUACUCACAAAUAAAAAUAAUGUCCAUAAAGAUUCAUUCUUCCUGGAGAUUGACCAAAACUGGGUAGAAAUAAAUUAGAUUGCAAUGUUUGGUUAGAUAGACCCUGUGCCUUGGUUUUUUACACUUCUCUAUUUAAUUGCGCUGCCCCUUGUGUAUUCCCUACCUGGGCAGAAUGUUACAUGACCAGACUGUAUAGUGCAUAGCACAUCUCUUAGUUAAGAGUAAUGAUUUCCAGCUGGUCUUGUCUUACAAAAUGUAUAAUGUUGACUUUAACUACCAUGACACUCAAUAUGUUAAAGACGGCUUUUAAUAUUGCUAAGCCUGCUCUCUUAAAUAAAGUUUUGGUCAGUAUUUUUUAAUUCAAAAUAAUAAAUAAAAAAUAACAAUGUUAUGACUCCUCAACUAGUUCUGUAUUCAAACCUGUAUUAUUAUUAUUUUUUUAAUUUGUAACUUCAUCUGUUUAGCAAAAAAAGAAAAGAAAGAAAAAAGGAAUAUUCCUUUCUGACAAAUCAUGUGGUUUAGCAACUAAGACAUUUUUUGGAUGUGUUGCUACAACGUACGCAAUUAUAUUCUGCUGGCUGUUAGGAGUAUAAAAGGUUUUUGCCAAGUUUAUUCUGGUAUACUAUAUUAGUAAACAGGAUGAAGUACUGUUAAUAUAACUGUUGAUAACAGUGCUUCGUUCACCUGAAAUAAUGAUGUUAGAAACUGCCACUUUUUUUUUUGUAUUUGUUUUUUCUUAUGGGUAUUUUCUGCUUCAUAAUAAAACAAAUUGUCUCUCCAUGAAGCUGGAUGUUUCAGUGAGAGAAUGUACGGUCACACGUGGUAUUUUGGCAUAGCUAUGUUUUUGUAUUAUCACCAUCUGACUUACAGCUACCAUGUGCUCGCUUUCAGCACUUUUACAUAAUUAUUGCAGUGUUUGUUGAAAUUCUGUGGCUCAACUCGUUUUCUUUAAAAUUGUCCAUAUAAAUUCUGUUUGUUACACUUCUCUAUAUCUCAGUGACCUGUCUUAAAAACAGCACAUUUGGACAGUUUGAAUGAACUAGUCCAAUUUUAUGAUACAUUUACAUGCCUACAAGAAUGAAUUGUUUUUAAUAAACUGAUCUAUAUUGAUAUAUAGCCAUUGUAUUUGUUUAAACUUCAAUGGAAAGCAAUCACAGGCAUUUUUUUUGUUUGUUUUUUUCCUUUUAAUCUGUAUGACACUCCUUUAAAAAAAAUCUGUAUGACACUCCUUUAAGAAAAGCCUUUGUAGACAUUUUACAACCAAUUAUAAGAUGUACUAUCUAACAUUCUGUAUGUCUUUAGGUCGUCAAGCAUUUUUGCACAACAAUGUUUUUAGAAGACUGACGCUGAUCGCAGUCUUUGUCCACCCUUAUUUACAUAUGUGCAAGAAAAGUAUAAGAUACUUUUGCUGUAGCAAAUUUUAUGUAACAAAAUAUAUAUAUAUAAAUAUAUAUAUAAAUAUAUAUACGUCACAAUAAAUUUAAGAAUUCUUUGUAUGAAAAUGUUAAAAUCUUUUGUAUUUCAUUUAGACUGAGGAUAUGCUGUUGUAUGCUAGCUGUAUGCGAUACAAUUCUACAGUAACUUUGUUGUCGUUUAUGAACUUUAAAAGAUUUUAAUAAAUGCUGGAGAUCACAUAUUUUUGUUCAUGAUUUUAGUUUUCCAUAUCAAGGGACAUGAUUUAAUUUAUUUGUAGGUAUACUGUUGUAUUUCAUUCUAAUGUUUGGAUACUUUUUUCUCCCAGUUUAGCAUAACUAAAAUCUUCAUCAUGGAAAUGGACUGCUUUGAAAUAUAUUAGGCAGGCUUGAUGAAGAGUUUCCAGUUAUUAUCGUUAAACAGCUGUAUAAAGACGCACUUUGAUAUAAUUAUUUUAACAUUUUAAUUUGUUCCUAAGACUAUAUACUCUAUGCACUUUUUAUGUUCUUAACACUGGGAUUUGCUUUAUAACUAUGUCCCAUUUAUUAAAAUAAAUCUUAGAAAAAUGCCUCUGAACUCAAGUCCACUUGCAAACACUCAACAUACACAAACUUUGAUAAUCCAUGUCUAUUUAUUAAUCUGUGUAUGAGUUAUUUUGACUGCUAUUAUUUUAUUGAUGCGGAAGUUGCUAGAAGCUCAACUUGUUAGAAGCAAUUUGUAUCCACAAAUGCCACCAUUUAUUCAAAAUUAUAUAAUGAUCUGACAGUAUUACAUUUCAUAAACUGUUACCCGUGAUCAAGAUCUCUUCUUCUGAUAAUGCAACUACCACUUUUAUGAUAUUAUAAGUGGGUCAAUUAUUGUCCGGUAAAGACUUGAAUUUCUGCACUCCCAUUAAAUGGCCAUGUCGUUUUUAAUAUACUUCUAAUUAAUUAAAAUUGAUUGAAAAUGCAUCUUAAGUGCUUUAAGUAACCUCACCUCUUAAAGUGCAACUUUUAAACAAUAAGUUGCCCUUUUUCACAUGAAAUAUGGUUGAAUAUGACAGGUUCCUUUCUGGGUCCAUUCACAAUUUUAACAUUGUCUUUUGAAUGCUGUUCUAUUAAUUGUGUGUAUAUAAAGGAAAAAUAACAUUUAUAGGGACUUAUACCUGUCCACCUAAAUAUGUACAUGGAACACAGCUUUGGACUGAAUUUUUAUUAAAAGAUUAUUCUUCAAAACAGAACAAAAAAAAAAAACUUAAAUCAUAUUAAUAAUGUGCCGAGAUCUUCAGUUAAACACCAAGGCUAUCUUUGAAAUAAAAUAUAAAAAUUACAAAA